UGGGAAUUUGGAUGUCAUUGGUAUUAUCAUAUUUUUAUUAUAUUUCUAUUAUACAGUCCGGUUACAAUCACUUAAUUUGUAUUUGAAACAUGUUAUGGACCAAAUCUUUGUACAAUACGGGUCGUUCGAUAGCGAUACACUUUCACCCCACUGCCUUGAAUCGAAUUGCGCGAACACAAAUCAAUGACACUCAGUUGGUAACGAUCGCACUACGAGCCGGUUUUACCAGUGCGCCUAAGAGGAAAAUGGCAGAUAAACUAAGCACUGAAGAUCGCUAUGGGCUCCUACAGCCCUUAAUCCAAUCAGGGUGGAAGGUCCAAAGCAAUCGUGAUGCAAUUGAAAAGGAAUUCAUGUUCAAGGAUUUCAAUGAAGCUUUUGGUUUUAUGUCUAGAGUUGCAUUGUUAGCUGAAAAAAUGGACCACCAUCCGGAAUGGUUUAAUGUAUACAACAAAGUUCAGGUAACACUAUCUUCCCAUGAUGUAAAUGGCCUUAGCAAGAGAGACAUUCGAAUGGCUACCUUUAUGGAUAAAAUUAUUAAUUGAAAACAUUCAAGAUAAAGGAGUAAAGCAUAAAUAAAUUGUGAUGUUACUUUAUUUAUAUUGUAAAGUGCUAUUUUGUUCGUAUCUUGAAUAUUUUGUUUAGUUUUAAGAAAGUAUAUGUUAAUAAUAUUGAAGUAUUUAAAAAUAAAUGAUUUAUUAUUCCAUA